CAUUAACAAAGACAUUUUACUUGACACAAAAAAAACAUUUAAAUCUUGAAGAAAGAGAGAGAGAGAAUCUGUUAUGUAGCUCUGUGUUCGAUUGAUCUUCCUGCUGUGAUCGAUGUGAUUUUAUUUGAUCUUGCACUUUCCACAGAGACAAUUUAUUAUGUAAUAUUAACAUUAUUAUAUAUGUGUAACAGAUUUAUUAUGGUUGUGUAAUUAUCAUUAAAAAUCCCCUUCUUUUCUAACCACUAGCUCGUUACGCUCAGAUCACUUCCUGUUGAGGCGAGAGGAGUUUAUCUCGUGGCUGAACGAGCCCUUUAAUGCAAAUAUUGUUGAUGUUUAACAAUAUAUUUUGAAUUAAAUAUGUUCUUGUUUCGUUAGACACACUCUGCACGGCGGGAUUACUAAAAUGUUUGUGACUGUAUUAGAGGUUAGCGCCUGUUAGCAUGCCUUGCAAACUCUUCGUUUGCCAACAGGUUGAUGUAAAUACAGACAACUACCAAACACAUGUUCACAAUUAAUAUUCUGUUUAUGCGGGUAUGUUGUCAUUUCAUGUACAGUCAUCAUGUGAGGCAUAUUAUGUUUGUCUUGUUAGCCUUAUGUUUAGAAGUACAUCAUGGAGAUGGUGGUCUAGUGGGUUAAACCACUGAACUGAUAAAUCAAAGGUUGCUGGUUCUAUCCCAGCAGCCACCACCAGUGUGUCCUUGAGCAAGACACUUUACUCCAUGUUGCUCCAGGGGGAUUGUCCCUGUAAUAAGUGCACAGUAAGUCGCUCUGGAUAAAAGCGUCUGCCAAAUGACUAAAUGUAAAUGUAAGUAUAAUUCGCUCGGAUCAAAAAAAAAUUCGCUCGGAUCACUUCCGUUUGAGGCGAAAUCUCGUGUCUGAACGAGCGAUUUAAUGGAUGAUGUAAAUACAGAGAGAUACGAAACACAUGUUCACAAAUAAUAUUUUUGAUCCGGAUCAAACCUUUAGUUUGGGUUUUUCAGAAAUUUUUUGUAGGAUUUGGAUCACUUUGAUCCAAAAAAUCUGGAUUAAACUGAUCCCAUCAGAAGGGUGGAUUCAGUGUGGAUUUCAUGGCCAAAAUGUAAUGAAAACUUUAAAAAUGUAUCAAAUAAUACUAUAUUUGGAUCAUGCAGUAUCUUACAAGUAUCUUAUUUAUUCAUAAGGUUUUAAUUUUAUUUGUUCAUCCAUCAGGCUACAGUGAUUAGGUAAUCUUUAACGUAUUCAGCCUUUCAGUAUGGGCCUACAGCAAAGUAGAAAGAGUUUGGCCUCAUAAAAUAAUCCUCCAAACAGCUGUCAAAAGUGACCAAAACAAUACAUUUUAUUCUGUCACUAAUUGAUAUAUAUAUUCAUCACAAUUGAUUUUUUUUGUUUUUAGAAUAUUUGUUAGUGAUGCAUGCAAUGAUUACAGAAUAACCAAAAAAAUGCAAAGAAUGGCAAUCACUGAUUUUUGAAAUCCAAAACAAAUCCAAAUCAGAAAUAGUGUCUAACUAUUUUGUCCCUUGUUGCACGUCCUGUUUGCUCGUUCUGGCAGAAUGCAGGAGGUUGGUUAGGGUCUCCAAGGGGCUCAGGUGCAUCAUUGUCAGCACAGAGAGGGACAUUGCCCUUAGUAGCGAUGUUGUGCACGACAAUACAGGCAAGGGUUAUGUUGCAUGCUUUCUGUGGUUCCGCUCUCAGGUAGUUAAGGCAUGCAAAGCGCAUCUUAAGAACUCCAUUUAAACGCUCAAUUGCACAUCUUGCUCUGCAAUGAGCAGUGUUGAAGCAUGCCUGCGCCGGUGUAUUUGCUGUUAGAAAAGGAGUCAUCAGCCAUGGUAGGAGGUUAUCCAGCACUGGUUAUCCAGAUUUGGUGAUCCUGAAAAGUUCCUAUCCGGAUCAGAUUGAUCCAAUCCGAUGUUGCUUUAAAAAACUGGCUCCAAAAGUAAACUGGAUUACGUUAUCACGGAUCGCAAAAAAAUGAUUACUAAAUAAGGAUCAAUUUUAUCCGGAUUAAACCUUUUGAAAAACCGGGCCCAGGGCAUUGAUUGUAAGAGUCCAUUUAUUUUUCAAUAAUACUGAAGAAAUCCAGUUGUGUUACAAAGGAGGCGCUAAAGUGACAUCUAGUGGCCACCUGGGGAAGCGCCAAAAUGGUUUGUUCAUUUGACGAAGAAAAGUGCGUCAUCAGUUGUGUCGAUCGACUUGACCUGCAGAUAUCUUCUAGAGGUCUAUAUGACAUCUGACUGCAGACGUCUCAGAGAUGUAAGGGAGAUGAGCAAACAGCAUCUGCCAGAUGUCUUGCAGCUAUCAAAUAGACGUCUGCCAGAUGUACGUGUGAUAUCUGGGGGGCGGCCACUAACUGACACACACACACACAGUAUAGAUGGUCUCAGGUUUGACACACAGUGAUGACAAACAAGCAGAAAGUCAACCACACCUCUCCACCUCCUGUCAACUUCAGUCAGGAUACGACAACACGUUUCUUUAAGUGCUUUGAAACAGCAGUAAUGCAACACAGUCCACUAGUGUUUAUUUAUUCAGUCUUUUAGAGAGUUAUUAUUUCACAACAGAAAAUGCUUUACACAUCUUUUGUGUUGUGCUUGUGGACUCUGAUCGGUGUGUUUGGUGAUGAAGUGAAGUCAGUGUCAGUGAUGGAGGGACAUUCUGUUACUCUACACACUGAUACUCAACUACACAAACAUGAUCUGAUCGAGUGGAGGUUUGGUGUUCAGGGCUCAGUUAUAGCUAAACUGAACAGAGAAGCAAAUAAAACGUCAUUUAUCAGUGAGAGAUUGAAGAAUCAUUUACAGUUGGAUCAUCAGACUGGAUCUCUCAUCAUCACAAACAUCACAACUCAAAACACUGGACUUUAUAAAGCUGAGAUCAUUGGAAAUACUUUUCAAAACAAACACUUCAAUGUUACUGUCUAUGCUGGUCUGUCUGUUCCUGUCAUCUCCAGAGUCUCUUCUCAAUGUUCUUCAUCAUCUUCAUCAUCAUGUUGUUGUGUGUUGUGUUCAGUGAUGAAUGUGUCACAUGAUGUGAGUGUCUCCUGGUACAAAGGAAAGAGUUUAUUGUCCAGCAUCAGUGUGUCUGAUCUCAACAUCAGACUCUCUCUACCUCUGGAGGUGGAAUAUCAGGACAACAACACAUACAGAUGUGUGGUCAACAAUCCCAUCACAAACCUCACACAACAUCUACACAUCUCUCAACUCUGUCACACGUGUGAAGGUUGUGUCUGCUGUUGUGGUUUUACUGAAGCUGUGAUCCGAUUGGUCGUCUCUGCUCUGGUGGGCGUGGCUACUGUUGCUAUUCUGGUUUAUGACGUCAGAUCCAGACGAGAAUCCGCAUCAACCUCUGAUGAAUCAGAUUAUCAAAAACAAGAAAGAUAUUUUUUAAAUAAUAUUUUUUAAUCAAAAACAUCAAAUCAACUUCAUUAAAACAUUAUCUAUAUCGUCUUA